AUGGUUCACGUCGACAACGAGGCUGGAGUGCCUCACUACUGGGGCAAGACCGGCAAGGGUCUCCAGAAGCUCAUCACUAUCGUCGCUACAACAGACUUUCUUCUUUUCGGUUAUGCUAACCAUGUGGUCCCCAUUGCAGAUCAAGGUGUCAUGUCCGGUAUUAUCUCCGCACCCGCUUUCCUACGCGAUUUCCCCCAGGUUGAAGACGAGACAUACGAAGGUUUCGUCGUGUCCAUCUACGCUGUCGGCUGCUUCCUCGGUGCUCUCUUCAUCCUCAACUUUGGUGACCGUCUCGGUCGUCGCAAGUCCAUCUUCCUCGGUGCCAUUAUCAUGAUUAUCGGUGUCAUUAUCCAGAUCGCUUCUGUUCCUCCUUCUGGCGGCGCUACCGCUCAAUUCAUUAUUGGCAGAUGUAUCACUGGUAUUGGAAACGGAAUCAACACCUCGACUAUUCCCACUUACCAGGCUGAGUGCAGUGAGUCCCACAACCGUGGAAAGCUUAUCUGCAUUGAGGGCGGUAACGUUGCCAUUGGAACGUUGAUUGCCUACUGGAUCGACUAUGGAUGCACCUACGGCCCCGACGCCUUCGUCUGGCGAUUCCCCAUUGCUUUCCAGUGCGUCUUUGCCAGCAUCGUCCUUGUCAUGAUGAUGAAGCUGCCCGAGUCUCCUCGUUGGCUCAUGACACAUGGUCGUACGGAAGAAGCAGCAACUAUCUUGGCUGGUCUCAACGGCAGUCCCCGCGACUCUCCUGAGGUUGUCACCCAGAUUGCUACCAUCGAGAAGGCUAUCACCGCGGCUGGUCACAAGGGUGGCAAGACCCCCUUCGCUGCUCUCUUCACUGGAGGAAAGACCCAGCACUUCCGCCGUCUCAUUCUUGGUGCCUCUUCUCAGAUGAUGCAGCAGCUUUCUGGUUGCAACGCCGUCAUCUACUACUUCCCUAUUCUGUUCCAGAAGUCCAUCGGUACCGACCACAACAUGGCUCUCUUGCUCGGUGGUGUCAACAUGAUCAUCUACUCCAUCUUCGCCACAACCUCUUGGUUCGCUGUUGAGCGCAUCGGUCGCCGCAAGCUCUUCCUUAUCGGUACCGUUGGCCAGUGCUUGUCCAUGGUUCUCUCAUUCGGUGCUCUGAUUCCUGGUACUGCCUCUGCUUCCAAGGGUGCUGCUGUCGGUCUCUUCACCUACAUCGCCUUCUUCGGUGCUACCUGGCUGCCUCUCCCUUGGUUGUACCCUGCCGAGAUCAACCCUCUCAAGACUCGCGCAAAGGCCAACGCUACCUCCACUGUUUCCAACUGGCUGUGGAACUUCUUCAUUGUCAUGAUCACUCCUGUCAUGAUUCACGGUACUGGUACCAACGGCUGGGGAACAUACGCUUUCUUCGCCGCCAUGAACGCCAUCUUCUUCCCCAUCAUCUACUUCUUCUACCCAGAGACCUCUGGUCGCUCCCUCGAGGAGAUUGAUCUGAUCUUCGCCAAGGGUUACACUGAGAAGAUCAGCUAUGUGAAGGCCGCCCAGCAGCUCCCUCGCAUGGAAGACCACGAGGUUCACGAGAAGGCUCGUGAGUAUGGUUUCACCAGCGACGAGGAGGGCAAUGUUGAUCACGCCGAGCGUGACAACGGUGUUGUUGUCUAA